GCUGGGAAACACAUUACUUUGCAUAUGCUUCACUCGUUCAAUCUGCCUGCAGCACGUGCGGCCCGGGACGUGAAUGGACCGACUUGACCGCUAGGGUCGUUGGAGCGCGGUGUGGAGACCGGAUGCCGGGGUGCAUGAAGAAUACCAUCAUUUCAAUCGAAGGUGAAGAGCUGCCAGACCCGAGAGCAAGGGAGGAGAGGCGAGUGCAGAUCCGUGCCCUUGAUGGGAGCGAAGAGAUGCCGAGUGAGAAAACACUUAUUGAAGCUUCAAAGAUUCGUGUUGCCGGUGUUGCUGGCUCUCGAGAUGGGCGGAGAAGCUGCCGUCGCCCGAGCGAAGCGACAAGAACUUUGGAGAAGAUUCAUCAAGAGCUGGAAGUUUGUCUUGGGAACCUUGGGAAGCUCAAGGAAGAAGUUAAAGCCAAGACCAUGGGCGCUGGAGCGAUGGUGGGACGUUUCUUCCGUCAUUCCAUGGCCAACUUGGUGGGGACUUCAUCUCAUCGUGCUGUACGCGGCGUUGCGACGGCGGAAAGACUGAGCAUGCCAACCCUCACGGGGUUCGACGGCCAGCUAAAGUCAGCUGCUUCUUCCGGUGCUCCCAUCGGCCAUACUGGUGAGCGCGAGUGGCAACAAGCUCUUCUUCUCCGCGGAGACGAGUGGCCGCCCCUCGCCACAUCGGCCAUGCCACGGUCUUUGCUUCCAGUGGAGAAGCUCUUGCAGAUGUACCAGGACUUCUGCUUGGACGACUUGAUCAUCCCGGCCUGCUUCCACUCGAAGAUCGCUUGCUUCUCUCGUGUGGCGCGACUACAGUUGAUCUCCAAAGCACUGGAGCUUGUGGAUGAAGAGGUGGAUUUCAUGGCGCAAGAGCUCUUCGUGCUUUACCAGGACCUCCUUCAGCUUCACCGACCCGAUGCCCUGGAGGUCUCUCAUGAACUCGUGAAGGACAAGAUGGCACACUUCAAGGGCUUCAAGGCCGUACCUGCGAUCCACCAUGUUCAGGACGUUCCGAGUUUGUUCCACGAGUUGAUGGCAGCCGAGACGUUGGUGGCCUUCCUGCAGACUCUUCAGGCAUGCUGUUGGGCCUCCGCCGCAGAUUGGAGUUCUAACGGCUGAACUCUUGAUUCUAGCCGUUCUUUUUUCUUUUGUCGCGCUGUUUGCAUUCGCACAGAUUCGGCUUGUGCCAAUCAAGCCAGAUGGAUUUCCAAAGGUUGCAAGUACUAGAGGUUUCACGAGUUUGGGAAGUUCGUUUUUGCCGUCAUCUACAAAAUCCUUUGAGGUUAGUUGCCCAAAGAACAGCAGGGUGAGGCUUGACGUUUGGUCGCUCAACUGAGGCGGCACAAGAGGCGCUUCUUGACCAAGUGCCAGAGUCCCAGACCCCGCUGCGAAACGCCAACGUGCCUCUCGUGCACGUGUGACUACAUGUCAGACAGUCACGACAGUGACGUGCCAUGCACGCCUCUGGUUUCUGACUGGACGACGAGGUUCCAUGCUGUACAGAUGAAUUGCAUGCAUAGUUUUGGGCCAAAUAUCUUCGUGGAUCUUCAUGUUAUUUGCCCAGAUUUAGGAAGGCCCGAUCGGUCAAGCGGUUCUUGUCAUCAUUGCUGGCAUCAUUCCGUUCAUUGUUUUCAGGUUAGUUUUGCCAGCGAUGAGACAGAUUUGGUUGUUUGAGU